AUGAGCAGCACAACCCACACGAACAAGCGGCUGCCAGUCAGUUGCGAGCCCUGCCGCAAGCGUAAGAUCCGUUGUCCGCGCAAUGGUCCGCCGUGCGACACCUGUAUACGCCGCGGCCUGGGGAUGGCGGACUGUUUCUUCCUGGGCCAGUCGCGCAACCAGCUGAACGCAAGCUCUGCGGAGUCGUCGAAGAUAGUGCAGCAGGAGCUCCUGCAGCGCAUACGGAACCUCGAAGAUCUACUCAAGAAGCACGUUGGGGCUCAUGCCAUCGUCGGCGGCCAGGCGGGCCAGGGAAGCCAGGAUGAACCCGUAUCGCCGCCAACGACCAACAUCUCGGCCAGCACGGAGGCAGACAGCAGAAGCAACAGGAGCUUUGGCAACAGCAAUAAAAACAACAAUGGCAACAGCAACAGCUCGGAUCUCCCGCAGAGUCUGCUGCAGAAUGUCGGCUCGCUCUCUAUCUCGCCGCAGGGCCACGUUCGGUUCGAGCCGCAGUCGUCGAAGCUGGACUUCCAUCUCGCUCAGAUCUCGGCCAGCGAGUACCGCAACCAGGUGAACAGCGUCAACGAGGAGAAGCCCAGCGGAUUCCCCUUUGGCUGCGAUGAUCCGGCCUCCAGAGAUAGGCUGCUGGCCCGUCUACCGCCGAGCAGAUACUGCGAUGCCCUGAAGGACACGUACUUUCGGGUGUUUUCUCCACUGUUUCAUAUAUUGCACGAUCCUACCUUUGCUGAAGAGUAUGAACGCUUCAGACAGGAUCCCGCUUCGGUGUCUCUAUCAUGGCUGGCGCUGCUCUUUGUCGUCCUGGCCAUCGGCGUCACGAGUCUGGGCGACGAUGACCCCUUACUCCCCGACCUGGGACGAGAGGCCACCCCCAGCGCCAAUAUCAGGGUCAUAUCAGAACAGUACCGGUCUGCGGCCAUGCAGUGCCUUGCUGCAGACCAGGUGUUGUCUCGACAUUCCAUGAAAACCCUGCAAGCCCUGGUGCUCCUUAUCUAUGCCCUCACCCAUAGUUCACAGCCUUCGUGGGUGCUCAUCGGAAUGACCCACCAUGUAGCCAUUGCAAUGGGCUGUCAUCUCGACCCGGACAACUUCAAUCUCGGCCUUGUCGAGGCGGAAGAGCGUCGGCGAUGCUGGGCCGGGCUGAUCAUGUUGCAUAUGAUCCAGAAGAUCUCCUUCCGCAACCUCGACCGCCAGCGUCUGAGUCGAGAUGUUCGCCUACCAUUAGAUGCAAACGACCUCGAUUUGAUGAAGAACAGCGGCCUCACUAUGGACCAGCUUCGUCGCCCUACCGGUCCUACGCAGAUGACCUAUCUGCUCUUCAAGUUCCGUCUCUAUGAUAUUGCGUUGGCUAUAUGCAACGAGAUAUUUUCCUCAGAAGCAUCCCCUACCGUCAUAGCUAAGCUGGACAAUGACAUAACCAGUCAGCAGGAACUCUGGACCGCCCGCUACCACUCUGAUACCAGCGUUGAACCAUUACCCAGCCAGCACUUUGCUCAUAUCAACAUCCUCUUCGGUUACUCCCAUCAACUGCGUUUGUUGCUACAUCGUCCGGCCUUGAACCGCUAUCUCACUGGAGAUAUCAAUGAUCGCACUCAUAGCUCCCGCAACCGCUGUCUGGAUGCUGCAAAGGGCCUGCUAUCUAUCCAAAAGACGCUCGCUGAAUCGCCCCAGUACGCUCCUUAUAGAUGGUACACGGCUGGGUUGGCUAGUUUCCAUGCUUUCCAUGCUGCAAUCGUGCUCACUGUGAUCAUGAUGAACCCUGAAAGCCAAGCAGAAUAUGAUGAGAUCCAUGCCCUGCUAGUAGAUACUAUACAGGUCUUCCAUCUGCUUGCAAGCAGAAGCAGCCUAUGUGAGAAGGGAAUCCCAAUUCUCAGUCAACUGCUUGAGAUGGCAUCUCCCCAGCCUCAGCACCUGUCCAUACCGCAACAACAGCAACAACAACAGCCGUCUCAAUCUGAUCUGAUGUCUCCUGCUGUUCCUUCACCACAAGAUCCUCCCCACCCUCUCCUUAGUCACGCAGGCUCAAUUUCAGAACCAACGUUCGACUUUGCGAACACUCAUUUCGAAACAAUUCAGUCCCAGCUCCAAGCUCAGUACUGGGUCACUGCUAGCAGCAUCCCAUGGAAUAACUGGGGUUUCCUGAUCCACCAAGUAUAG